GCGUCGUGAUAUGGAUACUUCCCUAAAGUUACAAUUACACAUUUCUGAUGCUGAUUCUUUGCCUGACCAAGACAAUGCCAAAGUUUCGCUCGAGUCUACUGAUGGACGUGUUGAUUACGCAAAUGACAACAGUUCGCAUGAGUUAUGGUUUGCAGUGUCUGCUCCUUCUUUAGAUGGACCUUGGACAGGAAACUGGACAUAUGAGCUAGGCUUGUCAACCAAACUCAGACAAUAAUAUACCCUAUGUAACUUUAGAUGACACAGAUAGAAGUAGUGCUCUGUUUUUAUCAUCCCCCUUCCAUGCAUCAGAGACAAAUACAACCAUUUUAAUGUCACAGCCUCCGCAGGGAUUGACACAUUCUUAUUGUGCGGCCAAACUAAACGAGAUGCCACAUUACGAAGUCAACAGAACAAUCACCUAUCGUGGGUUGGAUCAUAAGUUGAGACAUCAAUUUAUGGUCACAAAUUUGACACUAGCCACAUCUUAUGUUGCUUAUAUGUUGAUGCCAACAUCAGAUUCGUCGAUAAGCAUGACUACCCCCAUUCAUUUAUCAACCAAACUAGACGCUAAUUGCCGUAUCAUUUACAAUUUGCCGUUCUGUGACCAAGUAGCUUACAGUGUACCUAUACCUCCAGAAACUCUCACCAUCGACAACAUUUGGUCAAUUGCAGAGCAGUAUGAUAACCAGGCCAAAGCAAAAUUCAAGCCCUUUGACAUAGCCUUAUCCCAAUACAAUUGUGAGACAACACAAUAUUCAUUAGUACGCAACUGUACCGAUUGCUACCGCGAUUAUAAAACCUGGCUUUGCGCUGUCACUAUUCCUCGAUGCACCGACUCCUCAACGAGUGAAGAUAUUAGUCAAGGAACACAGGAUGUGCCAGUUGCUCCUGCGCUGAGAUAUGUCCUACCCAACGCCUCUCGAAAUCCAUGGAUUGACGAAACUCUAAAACCUGGUGAAUGGACGGAGCUUCUGCCUUGCAUUGAUCUCUGUUAUCAUGUAGUCCAAAGCUGUCCUCCUUUCUUACAAUUUUACUGUCCUACAGGCGAUUUGGCUGCUCUUCAAUACGGAUACUGGCAAAAUGGAAAUGUGUCUGUAAAUGGUACAAGUUACUAUUUUGAUAUCAAUAAUCCUACAUGCAAUAGAAUGGGUGUGAAUACAAGCUUACUAAAGCUUAGCGUUGCUUCGCAUAUGAAUACGUUAAACCUGUUUGCUACGUUUGUCCCGUGCUGUUUGGCAUUAAUGUUUCUUUUUAUUUAGUCUCAUUAUUAAAUAAACGAUAAUCAUCUUCUUUAACUAUACAAUUUCUUUUUAACUAUUUCAAAGUUGAAGCAGCUGAUAGCGAUGAACAUUUGACCAACCUCGACAUACAUCCAACCAAGCUUUCAGUAGAUGGCAAAUGCCAACUGGCUUGGGUUUUCCGUCCUUCUGACCCACCUAUGAUGAUGGCAAACUUCUGGUAUCCCAAUAAUUCCGAUUUUUGAAGCACCUUGAACAUUUCUUCGUCUGUACGAUCGUCACCACAGCACAUCAAGAAAUC